CCGUCGACGAGCACGACGAGUAUACCGCAUGAGUGCGGUCAAUGACGACUGGCAGGCCCAGCUGCAUGCCGCCUACGCCAGCUCUCCCGCCACCGGGUCCUCGGAAACCGAUAAUGCUUCCGCCAUCAAGGCCGAAUCCUUUGACGAGCUGCUCAGCCUAACGCCUAUGCCACCUCCCGGGCCCGACUACUUUGCCGCUCGGAGAGCUCUUUGGAACUCAGAUUGGAAAAAAGCCGAGUCUAAACGGCGCACGCCCCCUCCGCCGCCGUCUUCCGCUCGCCAGAGGCUUGAGCAGCAGACGGCCUCACCGGACGUGAUCUACAACGACCAGGUGUGGGCAGCCCACCUACAAAAGAUCUGGAAAAGCCUGGCAGCUGGAGACAGGUUCAAAUAUCCCAUGCCCUUGCGCAUCGUGGUCAGGAUAGCGCAGGCGGCUUGGUUGCGCGAUAAUAUCUGGCCACCAGGCAUGGUGGUUGCGUCUACCUCUGAUGCGGAGUUGGAGGCGCCAGCGUUUACGUUUGCGGAGGGGCAGUCGUCGUCGGCGUCAGCCGUAGGUCAGGUCAUGGAAGCGAGAGAUGAGUCGAUGGUCAAUUGAAGAACAUACCCUGCCGUCCUCCGAGGGCGUUCACCCACGCUUGUAUUUCCAGAUGCUCUGCGUUGUAUCAAGAUGUAGCACACCUCAUGUAUCAACAUCGGAUCCAACUAGACUGUGUACCGAUAUCACCCCUCCUGCCCACGGCAUCGCUCGUCCACCGCGUACAUCUCGACAAACGAACACACUGUGGGUCCGUCACACGUGCAUGUGCGUGCUUAGCGCUCUCUCACUGGUUCAACGGGCUGCGGUCCAGAUCUGGCAAGGACCACUACAAAUGAACGCGCACCUGUCGUCCGAACUCUGUUGAACGAACACCGCGCACUGAUAGGCACUUCCUAAUGGGACCGACAUGCAACCAAGGCGCUUGAGAGCUGUUUGCGUGGGACGAGGACGUUGCACAGGGCAUUCACGCGCAGGGAGGGGAUUGAGAGUCCUC